AAAAAUUAAACUACUCUCAUGCUUCUGAACUAUAACCAAGUGAUUAUUUAUGAGGCCGUGCAGAUAGAGACCUUGGAGCAUGGCAGAGAGCAGGAGUAGAUGGCAUAGCUGGAAGCAAGAGAAGUUUGAUCCUCAGCUUUCUGGAGUCCUAGUAUCAGCAGUAGAGGUCAACACCCCGGAGGAGAUGUUUGUGGAGAACGGGACGGACGCAAAGCUCCCAUGCACAUUCACAUCCGUAGAAGUGAUCAGCAGCGCAGCAUCUGUCUCCUGGAGCUUUCAACCAGAGGGAGCAGCCACUCGUAUCUCAUUUUUCUAUUACUCUAAUGGAAAGUCAUACCCUGGAAAGGACAUACCAUUUAAAGACAGGAUCACUUGGGCUGGAGAUCUUAACAAGAAAGAUGCUUCUAUCACUAUAUCAAACAUGCAGUUCCGGGACAACGGCACGUACAUUUGCGAUGUCAAGAACCCACCUGACAUUGUUGUCAAACCAGGAGAAAUCCGAGUUAGAGUUGUGGAGAAAGACAGCCUGCCUGCGUUCCCCAUUGCCACCGUGGCAGGGAUAGCCAUCGGUACGGUUACAGGUCUCUCAUCGCUCAUCUCUAUUGUCGUGUGUCUUGUCAUCAGAAAGAACAACUCUAAAAAACGAUACUCUGGCUGCAGUACCUCUGAGAGCUUGAUGUCUCCGGUUAAGCAGGCUCCGCAGAAGGCGCCCUCCGACACAGAGGGCCUGGUAAACAGCGUGCCCGCCAGAUCACACCAGGGCCCAGUCAUUUACGCGCAGUUAGAUCACUCCGGGGGACAGCACAGCGACAAGAUCAACAAGUCAGAGUCUGUGGUCUACGCCGACAUUCGGAAGAACUGAGAUCCUCAGCUAUCCAAAGGACAACACACAUUCAGACUGGAAUUGCUUGAGCAAGAUUUGACCCAGAGAACUCACAUGUGGCCUUUGAUGCCUAGGCUAGGACCAAUGCAUGUGCAUACAGAGGGAGAGAUAUAUAUGUAUUGUGUGUAAAUAGUCUAUUUAAUCGUACAGAAGUGAGACCAAUGUUGCAUGUUGAAAUGCGGUAAGAAUUUUGCUUAUAAAUUGCCAAUAUUCUUUUUUUUUUAAAUCUUGUGUGACGAGAGAGAAAGUGAAAACUCGCAUCACAAUUUUAAAAUAUUUUUAUCUUGAUUAAUAAUGGAGAAACUGGAAGAUGCCUGAAGAGUCUAGAUUGAUCUGGAGAUGCUUUUUUCUUUGCUUAUAUUUCUUUUGUUGAAGUGACUAUAAAGAAGACAUCUUCUUUAUAUUCAGAGUUCUUUAUGUAUACAGGGUAUUUAUCUUUCCUUGGUCAGAUUCUCAGUACAGGCUGCCUUCUCAUGUAAACUAGACCCUCUCACUUGGUCUUGUAAGCCAAAUUGUGACUCCUAGCUAUCAGAAAUGUAUGUCUUAGCAGUGUGAGUGAAGGAAAUCUUUAGGCCUACCUGACCUGUGUAAUGUGGGUCACAGAACUGUUUACUUCUUGGUGAGCCCAGCUAUUCAAGCUUAGUCCUUUAAGGUGCAGGGAUAGUGUUGAUCUAAUGAAUUUUGUGAAAUGGUAGUUUACCUGUGAAAACAAAGGAGAUAGUGAGUUAAAGGCAUAGGAGGUUGUAGCUGUAGGUGGUUACCUCAGACUCUGUUGAACCUUUCAAUGAAAUGUUUCUUCCUCAAAGCUCUGUCAUUUCAUGUAAGCGUUAAAAAGGGCUCCAAGGGAUCUGGAAGCUGUAAUACUCCCAUACCUCUCUCCCAUGGCUCCAUUAUACCACUGUCACCUCCUUGGAGGUGCUUUAUCUGUUCUUGAAAGCCUGUAGUGGAGGCUGAAUGACUUCUGGAGGAAAUCUAGGGCUCUUUGGUUUUUUUGAUGUGUGGUUAUUUUGUGUAACCUAUAUUUGCACAGAAGAUGUGGAUGGGCAGUUUAUUUCCUUCAUCUCUGCAAGUCUACUGCUUGAAUACGAUUUCCCAGCCUCUUGUUUCUAGGUUAAACUCCUCCUAGAUUGUUAAGGUUCUCUGCUGAUGAGGAUUUCUUUCACUGACCCACUGUAUCCUGAAAUCUGGUGCUCAAAACUAGAAGUGGCCUUCCAGCAGAGAUCUUCUCAGAGUGGCAUAUAGAAGAAGGAUUUCUGUUUUGUACAUCCUAAUGUGGGGGUUUUGUUUUGGGUUGCGUUUUUUGGGCAGCAAAUAAUUUUCAGCUUGGUCUAUUGUAACCCCUUUUCUCUGACUCUUACCCAUUUCCUAGUUCAGUCUGUUUCACAGAAUCAGUCACAGAAUGGUUGAGGUUGGAAAGCACCUCUGGAGAUCAUCUCACCUUCCUCGAGCAGCAUCAGCCAGAGCACGCUGCCCAGCACUGUGCCCAGUUUUGAGGAUCUCCACAGGUGGGAACUCUG